UCCAAUUACAGUACAAACAUACAAGUGUGCAAAAAACAGUUCAGACAGCAUAUCAUGGGAACGUAUGAACUCCCAAAACUUUUUUUUGGGUCCACCAAAUCCUAAACAUUCUACCAGAAGAUGUGUCUCAAUGGUAAUGAAGGAAAUGCUUACUAAAUCCAACUUACCAGAUUUCGGCAGGAUUUCAUCCCUGCGCGUGGGUGCGCAACGCCAAGCCGCCUGGUGGAAACGACAAUAGCAACGGGAAACAUUUUAGAGAUGGUGAAAAAAUGGGUAUAAAUAAAUGAAGACUGAAAAAAACGGAAAAGGUCGUAGGUCACUAAAACGUGAUUUCAGGAAAAUGUCUGUUUCUGAUUUUUUCAGUGUAAUUAAAAAUGCUGCACAAGAAUGGUAAUUUGCCAGAACGUUCCAGC